AACUUAAUUUCCGAUAUAUUUAUUUAUGUCAAAGUAAUUUUAUUGUCGUAACAUGAGUAAUUGUUUAAGGAGUAUAAUUUUUCAAAAGGUUAUAAAACCUUUGCACAAUAUAGACAAUGUUUAUCAACAAAAACUUAUAUCUAAUUUACACGUGAAGUGUAAUCAAACACGCGAUACAUACUGUUUUAUGCUUCCUUUAAAAUCGGAAGAUUAUAACAUAACAAAUGAAAUAAAAAAUCUUGCACAAAAUGAUAUACAGAGCACUUUUGAUGAUGUUAUAAUAAAAGAUGAUACUGUAUAUUUUAAUGUAUCAAGAGAUAAGUAUUUGAAGGCAAUCUUAGAAAGCAAUUUUUCUGCUGUAGCACCACCGUUAGUUAUAAAUAAUGAUAAAAAUGUCAUUGUAGAAUUUAGUUCACCAAACAUUGCUAAACCAUUUCAUUUUGGACACUUGCGUUCCACAAUUAUAGGAAACUGUAUAGCUAAUAUAAAUACUUUUUUACAAAAUCAAGUUGAAAAAAUAAAUUACCUAGGAGACUGGGGUACACAAUUUGGUUUUAUUCAAUUAGGAAUUGAAAUGACAAAUAUUGAGGAUGUAAAACUACAAACAGAUCCUAUUAAAACUUUGUAUCAAGUAUAUGUUACUGCCAAUAAAUUAGCCGAAAGCGAUCCAACAUUACAUGAGCGUGCUAAAGAACUAUUUAAACAACUAGAAUUAGGGGAUAGCACAAUUUAUAAAAAUUGGCAAAGAAUUAGACAUUAUACUGUCGAGGAAUUGGAAAAGACAUAUAAAAGGAUAGGUGUAGUCUUUGAUAAAUAUGAAUGGGAAUCUAUGUAUACUGCUAAAAAUAUACAAAAAAUACUUGAUUUGAUGGAAGAAAGACAGUUAUUAACAUUAGAUAAUGAUAACAGGAAGGUAAUAGCCAUAAGUAAUGAAAGGACAGUUCCAAUUAUUAAAAGUGACGAUUCAUCAUUGUAUAUAACUCGAGAUAUUGCAGCUGCUAUUAAUAGGUUUGAGAGAUACAAAUUUGAUGCUAUGUAUUAUGUUGUGGACUAUAGUCAAACAGAGCAUUUUAAUAAUUUAAUUCAGAUUUUAAAUAAGAUGCAAUUACCAUGGGUAGAUAGAUUAAAACAUGUUAAAUAUGGUAGAAUACGUGGUAUGAGUACAAGAAAAGGAACAGCAGUAUUUUUAGAGGAUAUUUUAAACGAGGCCAAAGAAAUUAUGAGACAAAAACAAAUUAAUACAAAGACAACUAAGGUAUCAUUAGAAGAUCUUGAUUCUACUUCUGAUAUUUUGGGUAUUUCUGGUAUAAUUGUUUAUGAUCUAAAACAAAAUAGAAUGAACAAUUAUGAGUUUAAUUGGAACUCUAUACUCAAUAUGAAAGGUGAUUCUGGAAUAAAAUUACAAUAUACUCAUUGCCGAUUAUGUAGCUUAGAACGUCUAUCUAAUGCUACGUUAGUAACAGAGUGUGAUCCAAGUUUGUUAAAAGAACCAGAAGUUGAUAAUUUGAUCACACUAAUCAGUCAAUUUGAUGAAGUAAUAAUUAAAUCUUAUGAACAAUUAGAACCAUGCAUAUUAACAGUAUAUCUUUUGCAUUUAUGCAAAGCAAUCAAUGUUGCUAUGCGUACAUUGAGAAUAAAGGGUGAAUCAGUUGACUUAGGGAAUCAAAGACUGUUGCUAUUUCAUGUAGCAAAAAUUAUUCUUGCUCGAGGUAUGAAAUUAUUAGGUUUAACACCUUUGGAGGAAAUGUAAUGAAAACGAGUAUAAUUUUAAUAAUAAAUCCUAGUUUUACACGUAUAAUGCUUAUGGACUGUUUGUCAUGAUUUCCUACAGUGGUCAUUCUAUUAUUUUGAAAAUAUUUCAG